UAAGCUUGUCAUCACAAUCAAUAUUCAUCAAUAUCUCAUAAGUAGAUCAGGAGUAGUCGUCUGGGAUAUGAUGGCUUGUGAAAAGAGCAAGAUACUCAUAAUCGGAGCCACAGGUUACCUUGGCAAAUACAUGUUGAAGGCAAGCGUCUCUUUGGGACAUCUAACCUAUGCCUAUGUGCGACCAAUCAAACCCAAAACCGAUUCUUCCAAGCUUCUUCUGCACAAAGAAUUUGAAGCCAUGGGAGCCACCAUCGUCCAAGGUGAACUGGAUGAUCAUGAAAAGCUAGUCAAAGCAGUCGAGCAAGUUGACGUUGUAAUAUCCACGGUGGCUGUCCCUCAACAUCUUGAACAGCUGAAACUAAUCAAAGCCAUUAAAGAUGCUGGAAAUAUAAAGAGAUUUAUUCCGUCAGAAUUUGGAAAUGAAGUUGACAGAGUAAGUGGGCUGCCCAAGACAUAUUCGUUUCGAAUCUCGUAUACCGUGUUGAACUAUGAGGAAAAUGUUGCUACCUACACAAUAAAAGCAGCAACAGAUCCAAGGGUUGCCAACCGUGUCAUCGUUUAUAGGCCACAAGGAAACAUUGUGUCCCAGUUGGAUUUGAUUUCUUCUUGGGAGAAGAAGACAGGAUGCACUUUUACAAGGAGCUAUGUCCCAGAAGAAAAAAUACUCAAGCUCUCUGAGACCCUCCCUUCCCCAGACAACGUAAGGGUGUCAAUUCUGCACAACAUAUUCAUUAAAGGGGAUCAAAUGAGUUUUGAACUAACAGAAAAUGACCUAGAGGCCUCCGAGUUAUAUCCUGAUUACAACUACACUUCCAUUGAUAGCUUCCUCGACAUUUGCCUGGUGGAUCCUCCCAAGCCAAAAUUAGCAGCAUUUGAAUGACUGUUUUCUUUUUGGAUAAAAUGGAAAACUACUAUCCUUAUUACUAUUUUAUGCUUUCUGGUUUGUAUUUGUGAAUGUUGGCCACGAUCUCCUGGUCAUUAGAUGAUGUUGCUU